AUGAGACUCAUGGCAUUGAAGGUGUUUCUGUUCAAACACACUAGAACUGGAAGGUCACAGUGGACACGCCUCCUCGGACAGGCGGACUGUCACAGUGGACACGCCUCCUCGGACAGGCGGACUGUCCCAGUGGACACGCCUCCUCGGACAGGCGGACUGUCACAGUGGACACGCCUCCUCGGACAGGCGGACUGUCACAGUGGACACGCCUCCUCGGACAGGCGGACUGUCACAGUGGACACGCCUCUUCGGACAGGCGGACUGUCACAGUGGACACGCCUCUUCGGACAGGCGGACUUCACAGUGGACACGCCCCCUCGGACAGGCGGACUGUCACAGUUGUCACGCCUCCUCGGACAGGCGGACUGUUACAGUGGACACGCCUCCUCGGACAGGCGGAUUGUCACUGUGGACACGCCCCCUCGGACAGGCGGACUGUCACAGUGGACACGCCCCCUCAGACAGGCGGACUGUCACAGUGGACACGCCUCCUCGGACAGGCGGACUGUCACAGUUGUCACGCCUCCUCGGACAGGCGGACUGUCACAGUGGACACGCCUUCUUCGGACAGGCGGACUGUCACAGUGGACACACCUCCUCGGACAGGCGGACUGUCACAGUUGUCACGCCUCCUCAGACAGGCGGACUGUCACAGUGGACAUGCCCCCUCGGACAGGCGGACUGUCACAGUGGACACGCCUCCUCGGACAGGAGGACUGUCGCAGUGGACACGCCUCCUUGGACAGGCGGACUGUCGCAGUAGACACGCCUCCUUGA